UAAUGGAAUUUUUUUCUUAGGUGAUACCAUGGAAGAUUAUGUAAAAGUAGAAAAAAUUGGUGAAGGCACUUAUGGUGUUGUGUAUAAGGGAAAACAUAAAAAAACUGGAAGAAUUGUUGCCUUGAAAAAGAUAAGAAUUGAAAAUGAAGAUGAAGGUGUUCCUUCCACAGCACUGAGAGAAAUAUCAACAUUGAAAGAACUAAACCAUCCAAAUGUUGUUGCGCUAUUAGAUGUGUUAAUGCAAGAAAGUAGACUGUAUUUGGUUUUUGAAUUUCUUUCAAUGGAUUUGAAAAAGUAUCUCGAUAGCAUUCCCAGUGGACAAUUUAUGGAUAAAGCUCUAGUCAAGAGCUAUAUGUAUCAACUCUUGGAGGGUAUUUUGUUUUGUCAUCGUCGUAGAUAUUUACAUAGAGAUCUAAAGCCUCAGAACCUCUUGAUUGAUGAAAAGGGUGUCAUUAAAAUUGCUGACUUUGGACUUGCUAGAGCAUUUGGCAUUCCUGUACGAGUUUACACUCAUGAAGUUGUUACACUGUGGUAUAGAGCACCUGAGGUGCUUCUGGGAUCUCCCAGAUACUCUACGCCAGUUGAUAUUUGGAGCGCAGGGUGCAUAUUUGCUGAAAUGGCAAACAAAACUCCCUUAUUCAGAGGAGAUUCUGAAAUUGACCAGUUAUUUAGAAUUUUCAGAACUAUGGGUACUCCAACAGAAGAUAUGUGGCCAGGUGUGACUCAACUGCCUGACUUUAAAACAUCAUUUCCAAACUGGAAAAGUAAAUCAUUAUCUGUGUUGACAACACGAUUAGGAAGUGCAGGCCAAGCCCUUUUGGAAGAGAUGUUAGUCUACAAUCCAGGUGAACGAAUAUCUGCCAAAGAAGCUUUGCAGCAUGAGUACUUUGAUGACUUUGAUAAAUCUUCCCUUCCGUUUUACAGCCCUGAAACUGUUUUUUGAAAAUCAUAUAAUUUAAUGGUGCUCAUUUGCUGAAAUAUCUAUUCUUGUUUCAGGUACCAUGAUGUGCUGUAUCUGCAUUAUACAUAUCUGUAUUUAAGUCAUUGUAUAAACAAGAAAAUAAGUAUUAUAAAUGCACAUUUGUAUACUACACCCAACAGACUUUUAAUAAAUAUUUUUGUAGAAUGAUCCAGAACGGAACAUUAUUUUCACUGGAUUAAUGAAAUGUAUAUUUUUGAUUCCUGUUGAGAGUAUAAUUUUAGACAUUUUCUGAACUGAAUCAUCUCAACAUUCUGCUGCUUUUCAUUUAUUAAUUAAAAAAAUUUUUUUAAGUAACCUUGAAUACAACAUAAGAAUUUAUUUUCAUGGAAAAAUGGGAAAAGAUUGAGAUAUUCUUAUCAUAUAUGACUGAAAUUAUUUAAAUUUGAACGAAUUAUAUUAUCUAUUGAAAAAAGCUUUAAAUUAGUUUGCCCAAUCAGUUGGCUUAAAUGCUUUUUAUAUUAUUUGGUUUAAUUCAUUAUUAAAAUAGUUAAGUGUGCAAUUUUCCUCAUUGGUGAAAAUACAGCUUUCUCUGUUUAUAUGAAAACACUUUGAAAAUAUAUAGCAUCAGUCAAAAAAUGUUUUUCUUGGAGUAUAACACUGAAAAUUACAUGUAAAAUUAGUAAAGGACAUAUAAAUGGCAUAAAAUAUCUUAACAAUUUGAACAUACUGAGUUAUAUUCUCAUCAAUGAAUGCUGUAUGAAAUUGAAAAUAUGAUGUGAAAUAUCUGAUUUCAUUGCUGUAGAACAUAUUAAAAAAAUUUUUUUUUAUUAAAUUAGUCUUCAUUGGUGUAUUCAGUGAGAAAAUGUAUCAAAUCUGUAGUACUGUGUGUUAAGCAUAAUUAAUAAAAUAUCUGUUCUCAUGGGUGGAUCUUAUGAGAAAAUGUUCUAUGUAUUCUUCUUUGAUCGAUUCUAUGGGGAAAUUAAUAGAAACUUGAGUACUGUACAUGUUGAGCAUAAUCAAAUAAUUUUGCAAAUUUAUAUACUUUUAUGAAUUCUGUGGGGAAAUUCAUAGAAAUUUUAGUGUUAUGUAUAUUGAGCAUAACGAAUUAAUAAAGUAGCUCUGUGUUCUAAUUAAA